AUGAUUGAAGUUAUUAAAAGUCUUUCUCUAGCCAUUGGUUUAGGUGUUAUAAUCAGAUUUGUUUACCAUUUGGCCAUGUUCGUUUUUGCUUUUACUUUUAGAGCUCCAAUAAACAUUAAAAAAUAUGGUAGUUGGGUUGGCAAGUUGAAUAUGGUUACCGGUGCUACCGAUGGUAUUGGUAAAGCAUAUUGCCAUCAAUUUGCCAAAAAAGGUCUCAAAAUUUGCUUAGUUAGUAGAAACCAAGAAAAAUUAGACUCUGUUGCCUCAGAAAUUGAAAAAAAAUACAAAGUAAAAACUAAAGUUAUUUCAUUUGAUUUUGACACACCCGAUGAUACUAAAUAUCAAACAUUAUUCAAACAACUGAGUAGUUUAGAUAUUGGAGUUUUAGUUAAUAAUGUCGGUAUUGGAUAUGAUCCAAUGCUCUUUGAAGAAUUACAACCAAGUGUCAUUGAAUCAUUAAUAAACAUAAAUAUUAGACCUCUCACUGUUUUAUCUAGAUUAGUUAUCCCAAAAAUGGUUGAAAAAAGAAGAGGUUGUAUUAUUAACAUAAGUUCUAUAACUGCUAUUGCCCCAGGUGGUUGUCCAUUAUUAUCUGUAUACUGUGGGACCAAAGCUUUUAUCGAAAAAUUUUCACUUUCUUUAAAUUAUGAAUAUGCUACAAAAGGGGUUUUUGUUCAAUGUGUUACCCCAGCUAUUGUUGCUAGUAACAUGUCUAAAAUUAGUAAACCUUCAUUAUUCAUUGCAUCACCUGAAGCAUUGGCUAUAUCAGCUGUUUCUACCAUUGGUUACGAGAAGAUUACAACAGGUUAUUGGACUCACGAACUUCAAGCCUUUUUUAUAAAGAAUUUACCACAAUAUGUUUCUGAAAAAUUUUUAUACCUGAUGUGUUUUUAUUAUGGGGAAAGAAACAAAAAAAUUUAAAUAAAUUUACAAAAUAAAAUAAAAUUAUUAUCGCACC